AUGGGGGACGUGUGUGAUGAGAAAAAGCGGAACGAAAUUAGAGCAAGGAUCGAAGCAGAAAUACGAGAAAAAAGAAAACAAGACAAAUUAGUCAAACAACAGAACCUUGUUUCAAAUAUGACUGAUGUUGUCAAUGAGGUGAAGAAAAAGGUAUACGAAGAAGUGAGAAUUGAAUUUGAAAAGGAUAUGACGGAAAAAAUGCAACAAAAAAAUGAAGAACUAUUAAAUAUUAAAAAGGAGUUUGUCGCAUUGAAUUCAAAAUAUGAGGAAAUAAAAAAUUUGCUUGAAGAAGCAAAAGAUGCGAUAAAAGAAAAAGAUAAUCAAAACAUAUUUUUCAUUGACGAAAACGAGAAAAUGGAUUUGAAAAACCAGAAGCUUGAAACGCAAUUGAAGGAAUCUAAUGAAAGAGCUAAUGGACUCCAAAAAGCACAUGAAGUCCAAAAACGUGAUUUUAAAAAGUGUCAAGAUGAGUUCGAAAAAGAAAAGGAAGGUCUUAUUGUUUAUAUAAAAGAUAAAGAUGUUGAAAACAAGACUCUCAUAGAAGAAAAUAAACGUCUUCAACUUCAAUUAUCAGAGCUUAUAACCACAACAAACCAUUAUGAGAUAGAGAAGGAAGAGUUCAUCCAAAAGAUUGAAAACAAAGAAAGGGAGUUUGAAAAAAAUAAGAUGAAAGAGCUUGAACAGUUCAUACAAGAGCUUGAAGAUGAAGCAGAGGAAAAAGUGAAUGAAGUAAUCAAACAAUAUGAUGAAGAUGAGAAAACACAACGAGCAAUGUGGGAAGAACAGAGAGAAGAGGAAAUAAAGAAUGACAUGAUGGAUAUGUGUAUGAAGUUACUUGAUGAAAUGGAAGAACAAACACGAACAGAAAUAUACAACGAAGUUGUCUGUGAUUUGCUUGGAGAGAAGAGUGACGAUUUGGACGAAGAGGAAAUUGAAAAAAGAGUACAAGAAGAGUUAGAACGUGAAAAGAGUCAAUUGGCACCAAUGAUGACAUCAACUGAUUUGGAAGUUAGUGAACAAAAGAUUGAAUUUGGAGAGAAAACGUAUAAUCUUUGUAAUAAAGAUAUAGCUUUAAGACAUCACCACUCAAAAAAUGGACAAUUAACUUUACCGAAGUUCCAUCCAGACUCUAUGAUGAAAUCCAAACUUGAACAUCGCAACUCUAUUUCCUUUUCUCAACAAUUCAAAAGCAGAGUCGACUUAAAAGAGCAAUUAGAAAAUAGAGAAUCCCAAGAGCAUUAUAUUUAUGCCAAUGAAGAGAAGCAAAAAAUAGAAAAGGAAAAGACACAGAGAAUAUCAAUGUCUCCAAGAGUGAAGAAAUUUAUUGGCAGAAAAACCACUGGCGAAACCAAAGUCAAAUCAGAAGAUAUAAACGUGACUUUACAAGAAGAAAAGGGCUCCGUUGAAGAAGCUAGAAAGUAA